UGCUCUCCACUCUCCCUGCUCUCCUGUUUCAGCCAGUCUGUCUGCCCUCUAGCGUAGUACUCUCCUUUCACUCACCACUAUUCAUCACCAUCUAGGAUAUAUUUACACAAACCCACGUAGGUAGACAGAGCACCGUCCUGGUGGACUGAAGGGUUUGCGUGCGGCUAGCAGAUAGAGAUAUAUAUUUUUAAACAUAUAUGUGCAUUACCCUGGAAAGCUGUAGAAAGUGGGGCUCUGUGGCAGUGCUGCUGGAACUGAAGUUUCUUUCCCACUACAUUUUUUGUCCCAAAGGAUACCACACACAGCUGCAGAGGCUGCCAGCUCCAACUGUAGCAAACCCAAGUAGAUGACUGAGAACUCAGCCUCCCAUGAUGGACAAGAAAAGUGCCAACGGCUUUCAGACCAAGGCCACUGAGGGCGGUGUUCAGAGGAAGCAGCUGCCCUACUCAGUAGAGACUCCUUAUGGCUUCCACCUGGACCUCGACUUCCUCAAAUAUGUUGAUGACAUUGAAAAAGGCAACACCAUCAAAAGGGUCCACAUCCAGCGCAGGGUAAAAGGCCCACCAAAAUUCAGCACUCUACCAAGAAAUUUUAGCCUUCCUGGACAUGGAGCAAGGCCUGUCCCGAAGGAAAAGGACAGUUCAUGGUCUGGAACAUCCACCCUGGGACCUAAGCCUAAAUCACGGGUGACUGAGGUGCAGCAGAUCUUUGACUUCAGGGCAAGUGAAGGGGGAACUUCCAGCCAGAGCAGCAGGGGGGCAACCAGUCCAAGAACUAGCUAUGUUUCAGCUAAACCUACAGAUGAAGCAGGAACAGGGACUCGAGGUGGUGAAGACAAAGCUGUUGGAAUUCAAAGUCGCCCAAAUCUGCUCAGAGCAUCGAGCAUGCCCAUCACCCUACAGCAGCGUAAAGGUUCAGAUUCAAGCAGUCCUGAUCGCACCUUGGGAACACCAGAAAAUGGCUCAACGGAGAACAUGUUUCGUGCUUCACCAGAUGUUACAGAAAGACGGUGUGUUCCCCAGGAUCGGGCAGGGCUUCACCAGCAGAUUACAGUGGCACUGAAGCGGGUCAGAGAGCUAGAAGAGCAGGUUAAAACCAUCCCAGAGCUAAAGGCUCAGAUCUGCUCUUUGAGGGAGGAGAGGGAGCAGCUUCUGCUUCAGCUGCAAGCCCAGGCCCAAGCCCAGGUUUCCAGUUCAUCCUCUACAGGAGCCACAAGUUAUGAUGCUAAGGCAAGCAACCGGACACAAGGACACAGACCUGCAGGAGGGCUUAAUUUAACUCUGAUUAGUCAACCUGCUGGAGGUGUAGAAGAUUCAAAGCCUCUCCCAGCAAAGCCUGUAUCAGGGAAAGAAAAACAAGGUGAGACAGAGAAAACUAAAGCCUUACCAAAGGAGGGAGAGAGUUCCUCAGCACACAGAGAAAUGACUGGGUUGUCAGCACAAGAACUGGAUAGACAAACACUGCCAUCAGAAAAAUUUGACAAACAAAAAGAGACAUUAGAGAGUCCACUGGAGCAUGCAGUGCAAAAGCUAUCACGGGACAUUGCAGGACAGGACUUAACAUCACUUCGGGUGGCUAUAAAAGAAGCAGAGACUAGCAAUAUUCCAGACAGCGGUGCAUCAAAAGAAGGAAAACCUGAGGACCCAGAUGGUAUGCAGAAGCUGCAGGAGAAGUUAAUGAUACUGGAAGCUAAACUUAGCCAGGCUAGUCAAGAGCUGGAGAGAACUAAUAGUCUUUUAAAAGAACAAAUAGAGGAGAACAAGGUGAAGGAGGAGAGAAUACUACAAAUAAGUGAAGGAAUGAGAGUAGAGGUUUGUACCCCAGAAGCACACGACCGGCCGAGAAGAGAAAGCAUUGACACGGGGACGGUGACAGAGAGAAUAGAUUUUGCUAACCAAGAAACAGAGACAGAAUCGCCUGGUACAGUAGAUCAGGGGACAGACACUGAUAAAAUCUGUGUUGAAGUGUGUGUAAUCACACCAAGAGCUGGAAGCAUAGAUCAAGGAACAGUGACUAGUAAAGUUAACACUCAGGACCAGGUGACAGAGAUGGUGACAGAGAUAGCAGCAAUGAGUCCACCUAGACCCAGAGCCAACAGCAUGGAACGAGGCACAAUAACUGAGAGGAUCACCACUCAGGAUCAGACGACAGAGACGCCUGUAGCUCAGAGGGUAAACCAAGUCACGGAAACAGAUGGAGAGACAGUGACAGACCAUCCGCAGAGACCGAGGGCCAGCAGUGUAGAUCGAGGGACGGAGACGGAAAGGGUGGGCACUGUGGACAGGGUGACAGAGACAGAGGUAGCGCAAAGGACAGACCAACAGACUGAAACAGAGACAGAAAGACGACAGGACAACAAUCCAGCCAGAAAUGUAGAAGCAGAGAGUCAAGUGACAGAAGAUGUAGGCAGUCAAAGAGAAGAUGCAGCUGCUGUGGUCAGUGAAAGAGCAGAAGAUACGAGAGCAAACGAAAGAGCCAGUGAAAGUGUGAUAGCAGAAGUAGUUAUAGAGAGCUCAGUUGAAGCUGUAGAAAGCAUAGUUGUCCAAACUUCAGUUUCAGAUGCUAUAAGCCAGAAAGAAGAGGGUGCCAGUCCAGUUCCUGAGACAGGAGAAGACAAAGUUAAAGUGAGUCCUGCACAGGAUGACUCAGAAACGAAAGAAGUGAUACCUGUAAAGACUGCAGAAACAGAAAAUGUUGAAACAAAACAAGUUGCCCUGGAGACUGUUAAGAAAAAAGAAACAGUAGAAGGAGAGAUUGUGUGUGCAACAAUCAAAGAAACUGUGGUCACUGACACUGUUGUAAUAUCAGCAGAGAGUUCAGCUGUGAAGACUGUAGCUCCUGUAAGACCACAGAGAGGCCGAAAGCUCUCGGGGGAGCAGGCACAGCCGUCUCUUCCCCAACUUCAGGUUGUACCUGUCCGUCCUCGUAGGGGAUCCAGUGAAACUCAAGCCCACCAGACCCAGCCCCAAACAAAAACUCAGCCAUCGCCAGAAGUACAAAGUGCACCUGAGGCUGAUGCUAAGUCCUCGGCACAGCUAUCGGAACCACAGGUAAAACCUCAAACCCCAUCUGUGUCUCACCUUGAGGACCCCACCCUGGCAAAGAAGACUCCUGAGGAAUCUAGUGAGAAAAAGUCUCCAUCACAACCUCAGGCUGCCACUCAGAGUCCGUCUCCAAGUUCCAGUGAAGUUAAAAUCAGGCCCAAAUCAAUUCAAGCCCCAUCUCAGUCUCAAACUUCUGCAUCUCGUCGGGAUUCCAAAGAGCUUAAAGCACCACAGAAGGGGUCCAGUGUAUCACAAACAUCUAGACGUGGGUCAGGAGAAGCCCAGACCCGCCCAACUCGCCAGGUAUCAAGUGAUGCCCAGCCUCAGUCUCAGGGCUCUCGUAGAAGCUCCAGUGAGAGUCAACCUCCUAACAAAGAUGCUGGUGAGACACAAUCAUUGCGCAGAGGUUCGAGCGAAGCAGCUCAGCGUCGUGGUUCAAGCGAGGCCCAGGCCUCGCGUCGGGACACCGGUGAGGCACAACCUCCUCGUCGAGGCUCCAGUGAGUCACCAACAUCGCCUGCAGCUUUGGGUCAAGUUGUAACUCGGUUAACAGGGCUUCUGGGAGAGCAGUGGGCACAGCUGGGAAGUGGCUCUGGGGCUCAACAGACGACCGGCCAGCAAGAGAGCCCCAGCACACAGAAACAGACGACAGGGAAAAGAGCAGAGGCAGUAAAGGGAACCUCAGCCAAGCCUUCGGGGAAAGCAGUCCCUGCAGCAACAACAACAGGGAAAGCAGCAGGGAAGCCUGGUCCUUCCAAAAUGAGCUCCAUUCAGAGUCAACUGGUCAGCUCCCUCAGUGUCCUCUCUGCGUUCUACUCCCCAGGACAGAAAGCGGCUGCUGCCAGCAAACAGCAAGAAAAAGGUCUCAAAUCUAUUAUGAAGAAAAAUGGUGUUGCUGACAAGCAGGGGAACAAGGGUGCCAAGAAAAACCUGAAGUUUGUUGGGGUGAAUGGAGGAUACGAGACUACGUCCAGCGAGGAGUCCAGCGGAGACGAGAAGUCGAAGGUGGAGGCGGAGGAGGAAGACAGCUCAGAACCAGAAGUGGAGAAAGAGAAGGAGAAGGAGGGGGAGGAGGAGAAGGAGGAGGAGAAGGAGCCUGAAGAGGGAGCAGAAACCCAGGAAAAAGAUGCAGAGGCCUCAGCUGAAGUAGGGGGUGCUGUGGCUGAAGAGAAGGAGGUUGAAAGAGGCCUGCUGGAUCCAGAAGAUAUCCAUGAUCUGCUGGAGGAGGAGGCUGUAGGGGAAAAAGUUGACAAGGCCUUUAUAGACGCCUGCCUGUAUGUGAAGGACCGCAUGGAAGAGGUUUCAUCCCCAGAUAAAGAAAUGCGUCAGGUUUUAGUGGUGCUCUACCAGGAGUGGUUCAGGGUCUCCAGUCAGAAAGAGUCACAGGCGGAUACCGUCAGGUUGUACCUGCGACAGGUGGGAUUGACCACACCCACUCUGCUACCGUACGUCGUUAACCUGACAGAUGGUAAUGGAAACAUGGCCCUCCACUACAGUGUUUCGCAUUCCAACUUCCCUGUGGUCAAACUGCUGCUGGAUACUGGUCUAUGUGAAACAGACAAUGUGAACAAGGCAGGCUAUACUCCGGUGAUGCUGGCUGCGUUGACGGCUGCUGAGAGCCCCGAUGAUCUGGAGGUGGCACAACAGCUGUUGAAGCUGGGCGAUGUCAACUCACGCUCCAGACAGGCGGGCCAGACAGCGCUCAUGCUCGCGGUGAGCCACGGCCGCGUUGCCAUGGUGAAGCUGCUCCUGAGCUGCGGCGCGAAUGUAAAUGCUCAGGACCGCGAGGGAUCUACGGCCCUGAUGUGCGCCAGCGAACACGGACACACAAACAUCGCUCGUCUGCUGCUGGAGACAGGUCGCUGUGACACCAGCCUCGUAGAUAAGAAUGGUCAGACUGCUCUGUCGGUGGCAGAGGGAGCCUCUCACCAAGAAAUAGUUGACCUUCUGAAGGCCCAAGCUGAGGGUAAAACCUCUGAGCCCACGUUUACCACAGACCUCCUCUGAGCCAGAGUCCUCCGAACCAUUCCAGCUCGCCGAAUACAACUUUUCCAUUUCCAUGACCCUCUGCCCACCGACAUGGAGGGAAAAAACCUGAAAUAAAUACACAGUGACACCACACGGGACAUGCAUGUAAGACGUGGAACCGCGCCGAAACCUCUGAGAAGGAAGCGUUUCUUCCACGUCUCUGCCAACAUGUCCUGUGGGUGUUCAUGGAUAUGCUGCAUCAACCACCGAAGUGGACGGACAAACAAAGCGAGCCGGCUGGAUCGAUGAUUGGACGUCGCCAUGGUGACAAGUGUGAUUGACAAGAUAUUAAGGAAGACACAGGGUGAAAAUACAAAGCAGGACACGGCAUGAACAGAAUGGCAAGUGGACAGAGAGAUGCUCUGAACUGCUGCUUCUUAUCAUCAUGUAACUCUUAAAGCAAAAUACUAAGCACAUGAUCUACCUUUGAAAUAUGAUAUGAAAUAUAACAUUAUUUCUAUUUUUCUUUUAUGACAUUGACAUUGUUCUUUUCAUAUUUGGACAUAAGCCAUUAUUGAGAACAUAGUAUAUGUAGAAUGUUAUUCUACCAGAUUAUAACCAUACAAACACAGAAACUGUAUUUUCUACUGCACUUUUUUUAUUGUGUUUGUGUACAGUAAAUAGUCCUCUCUAAUAUCGGUGUCCAGAACAAACUACAGUAUAUAUAAAUGAAUAUAUAUAUCUCCAAAAGUGUUAAAUAUGAAUUUAAAUAAUAGAAUAGAUCCUCUUGUCAAAAUUUCUUACAACUCAGUGGCUAUUUGACAUAAUUUAACGUACUGUUUUUUUUUUUUUUGCCAUAGUAAUCAUGUUUGUUUGUUUUUCACGUAUGGAACAUGACUGAUCAUCAUGUGUGGAUUAUUGAAUAACAAAUGGUUUAGUCAGAGAUGAAAAAAAAAAAAAAAGUUGGACACAAAAACAUUUUUUUAUAAUAUAUUAUAUGACCAUAGUGAAGAAAGACAAAAAAAGUCUUCUUACAAGAAGAUUGUACUGAACAGAAAGUGCUGCAUGCCAAUACAGUUACUCCCCCUACUGGCUGUCUUGUGAUACUAAACAGCAGUAUGUUGUAAUACUGUCUGUUCUCAUGAUAAACAUCUCUCUCUCUCUCUCUCUCUCUCGCUCUCUCUCUCUCUCUCUCUCUCUCUCUCUAUCCGUCCCUCAGUUCAAAUAUAAUGUACGUCUUGUUCGCCUGCUCGUUUCAAAUCAUGUAUGCAACUGCUACAAAAUGCACAAUGAAUGUCAGGCUGGCUGUGACACAUUCCAAGAAAAGAAAAAAAAACUAAUGUAGCAAGUUUAGCUAUACUGGCAUGGAUCAUAGGACUAACAGACAUCGGUGUUCAUAUUUCAAAACAGUGACAACUGACAACAUGAUAAAUCUACAAUAACGGGAGGUUGUUUUUCACAGUCUAAGAAGCAAUAUUAAUGAAAUACUACCAUGUCAGUCAGAAACCAGGUAGGGUGAGUGAGCUUGGUCUUGCCUUAAUCAGAUCAGUCCUCCAUCCGAGAGACGCGGUAUUUCCCAGGGAGUAAAGUCCUUUUUCUGUUGUUUAACACAAACCCGUAAGCAUUGUAAAGCAGGAGCAGUGGUCCUAUAAAAUGUUUACAAUUCAGCAUUUCCCACAUCAGUGAACACUGCACAUGUCAGACAAAGUGAUCUAACCUAAUAUAUUACUAUAAUAAAUACAUGAAAUGAUAAAAUAAUUUUAUUUCUAAUAACUUUAUUUCACAGUGAGCCUCCUGCUGCUCCAGAUCAUGAUGGCUAGAGAUAACCGUGCUCUUAAAACGUAUCUCUGAAUGGGGUAAAGUCAGUCUGAUAAGGUCGGUGAAGGUGGAAUCUAAAGGGGAAUACCACUCAGUUUUAAAUUUAACUGCCAUAUCUGUGGUCUACAACGAUCCAGUUUGCAUUUACAGUUAGAAAAUAACUUACUUUGUAUUGAGGCAGGACUCCAGAAAACUAAUCAAACUCUGGGGAGCUUUCUAGCGUUUGUUUCUUACCUACGAGUCAAACAUCUCAGCUUACCAACGUUGGAUUCCAAAUGUAAUCAUUUGUUUCCAUCAAAAUAUAUUUGUAUUACAACGCCAUCUUAUUCGCUCUGUAAACUUUUUCUGCAGCAUCAUCUGACCACCGAUUCUGCACCAAUAUUCUGUUAUUCCCUAAUACUUUCUAAACAUGGGCACUACUACAGGCUGACCAUGAAGAUUACAUGAAGUAUCUCCAUUACUUGGAGCUACAUGCAUUGACUGAACAUGUUUAGUAAAUUUAUCUUGAUUUGCUGAGUCGCAAAGUAGCACAGAUUUUCUCGACGACCAAGUUGCAUUUACAGCAUCAGUGAAUCUCAAUUUCUCAAACUCUGUGCAGCAAUUCUGAUCCCUACUGAUUGUCUUGUGUGUUUGAGAACACAAAUCAGAGUCAGUGUAGCUUCCCACAUUUCAGACAGCCAAAGGACGAUCAGAUCUGUGCUGUCAGAAGGUUCUGGUGUAUCUGGUCUUCCGUGCCUGCAUAUUACAUCUUUUUAGAAGUGACAUCUAUGUUUAAUCCGGUGUGACCCAGAUGCAAUAAGAUUUCACAUCUGGCCGAACACCAAAGAACUGAAAUCGAAUCUGUUUCACAUGGGAUUAAAUAUAUAUAUAUAUAUUUUAUCUGUUCCUGUAAAUCCAGCCAAAUAUAUGUACAUACAGUAUUGUGAAAAGUAUAUAACAAGUAUUGUCUGACAGUUUGCUCUAAAAAAAAUUAUAUGAAGUAUUUAUUCCAAAUGCUAUAUUUUUAAAUCAUAUAUAAUAUACUUAUGUAUGCAUGGACAAAUAUUCAAAUGAUACUUCUUAAGGGAGAAUUUGGAUGAUUAAAAAUUAUACUGAGUGUUCCCUGAUGAUGUGAUUAUUUGACUUUGGUUGGGUGGUUAUAGUACAUGUAUGAACUGACGAGGUUGUGGACUGUCAUGUGCCCUUUUAUGCUACUUUUGACAUGUGGGGUGUGGGGGAUAUAAAACAGAUCUGACACUGACCUAGACUAUGAGGGCGGAGUUUCCCUUGUUUAAAUACCAGUCAGAGAAGCAAAGUCGAAGUACAUGACAGAGUCAAAUGUAAAAACCUGUCUGUAAUAUUCCUUGUACAACAGGCUUGUCUGUUACAAACCAGAGAACUACUUCUAAAUAAAUAAAGAUUUAAAACUUA